CUCCUCCCGCUGCUCCUGGUCCUCGCGGGCUCGCGCUGCAUCCCCGGCUCCCCGGGCCCUGCCCCUCGGCGGGGGGGCGCGCUCCCUCCCCUCCCCUCCCCCUCCCUCCCUCGGCCCGCCCGCUCUCGGCGUCGCCGGCACUCGCGGAGCUGACGCCAGGGGGGCUCCCCAUGUAACACCAUGACCGGCAUCGCGGCCGCCUCCUUCUUCUCCAAUACCUGCCGCUUCGGGGGCUGCGGGCUGCACUUCCCGAGCCUGGCCGACCUCAUCGAGCACAUCGAGGACAACCACAUCGACACAGAUCCUCGUGUUUUGGAAAAGCAAGAGUUGCAGCAGCCAACCUACGUCGCCCUCAGUUACAUUAACAGAUUUAUGACUGAUGCAGCUCGCCGGGAGCAAGAGUCUUUGAAGAAGAAAAUUCAGCCCAAACUUUCCUUGACUCUGUCCAGCUCAGUGUCUCGAGGGAAUGUGUCCACUCCACCUCGCCACAGCAGCGGAAGCCUUACUCCACCGGUUACCCCUCCCAUCACCCCCUCCUCUUCCUUUCGCAGCAGCACACCAACAGGCAGUGAAUAUGACGAGGAGGAGGUGGAUUAUGAGGAGUCCGACAGCGAUGAGUCGUGGACCACAGAGAGCGCCAUCAGCUCGGAGGCCAUCCUAAGCUCCAUGUGCAUGAAUGGAGGGGACGAGAAGCCCUUUGCCUGCCCCGUCCCUGGAUGCAAAAAAAGAUACAAGAACGUCAAUGGCAUCAAGUACCAUGCCAAGAACGGCCACAGAACACAGAUCCGUGUCCGUAAGCCAUUCAAAUGCCGUUGCGGGAAGAGUUACAAGACCGCUCAGGGCCUGCGGCACCACACAAUCAAUUUCCACCCCCCAGUGUCUGCGGAGAUUAUCAGGAAGAUGCAGCAAUAACCCGCUGGUCCUAAC